CAGUUGUGAAUUACAGUCAUAUUGUGCUGGUUAGGUAAACACUAUUUAAUAUACAGUUGUACAUUAUGGCACAUUGUGGUGGUUAGGAAAACACUAUCUAAAUUACAGUUGUACAUUAUGGCACAUUGUAGUGUUUAGGAAAACACUCUAAUAUACAGUUGUACAUUAUGACACAUUGUAGUGUUUAGGAAAGCACUAUUUAAUAUACAGUUAUACAUUACUACACAUUGUGGUGGUUAGGAAAGCACCAUUUAAUAUACAGUUGAACAUUACUACACAUUGUGGUGGUUAGGAAAGCACUAUUUAAUAUACAGUUGUAAAUUAUGGCACAUUGUGGUGGUUAGGUAAACACUAUCUAAUAUACAGUUGUACAUUAUGGCACAUUGUAGUGUUAGGAAAGCACUAUUUAAUAUACAGUUGUGAAUUACAAUCAUAUUGUGGUGGUUAGGUAAACACCAUUUAAUAUACAGUUGUACAUUAUGGCACAUUGUAGUGUUUAGGAAAACUAUCUAAUAUACAGUUGUACAUUAUGGCACAUUGUGGUGGUUAGAAAAGCACUAUCUAAUAUACAGUUGUACAUUAUGGCACAUUGUGGUGGUUAGGAAAGCACUAUUUAAUAUACAGUUGUACAUUACUACACAUUGUGGUGGUUAGGAAAGCACUAUUUAAUAUACAGUUGUACAUUAUGACACAUUGUGGUGGUUAGGAAAGCACUAUCUAAUAUACAGUUGUACAUUACUACACAUUGUGGUGGUUAGGAAAGCACUAUUUAAUAUACAGUUGUACAUUACUACACAUUGUGGUGGUUAGGAAAGCACUAUCUAAUAUACAGUUGUACAUUACGACACGUGGUGGUUAGGAAAACACUAUCUAAUAUACAGUUGUACAUUACUACACAUUGUGGUGGUUAGGAAAGCACUAUCUAAUAUACAGUUGUACAUUACUACACAUUGUGGUGCUUAGGUAAACACUAUUUAAUAUACAGUUGUACAUUAUGGCACAUUGUAGUGUUAGGAAAGCACUAUUUAAUAUACAGUUGUACAUUAUGGCACAUUGUAGUGUUUAGGAAAGCAGUAUUUAAUAUACAUUUGUACAUUACUACACAUUGUGGUGGUUAGGAAAACACUAUCUAAUAUAUAGUUGUACAUUACUACACAUUGUGGUGGUUAGGAAAGCACUAUCUAAUAUACAGUUGUACAUUACUACACAUUGUGGUGGUUAGGAAAACACUAUCUAAUAUACAGUUGUACAUUAUGGCACAUUGUGGUGGUUAGGAAAGCACUAUCUAAUAUACAGUUGUACAUUAUGGCACAUUGUGGUGGUUAGGAAAGCACUAUUUAAUAUACAGUUGUACAUUUCUACACAUUGUGGUGGUUAGGAAAACACUAUGUAACAUACAGUUUUACAUAAUCUGUAUAAACAUUAUUUUUACUUGAUAGUUUCUGAAACAUUAAAAAUUGUAAGGCCAGUUAGGAAAUAAUAUACUUGACAUUCUUUAAUUUUGGGGCUUUCAGGUAGUAAAGUGAAGGACAUAUGGGCAUUUAAUAAGGAAAAAUUGUUGAAAUUUGGAUAUUUUAAUGCAUGGAUAUUAUUUCAGAGUUACCUGCUACACUAUGUUUGAAUUUCAAAGUAAGGUUGUUUGGUUUUGUGUAUGUUUCAUUUUUUUUAUAGAGCUUCAUAUUUUGCCCCUACUGCUACAGUCAUCCACCCUUCAGAGACAUGCGAAAACUUUCAGGGUGUAACUCCUGCACGCAUCCCAGCUGUCCUCAUUCCAUGCAGGCCAAUGGCUUGGCAUCUUGUUCUCAGUGUGAUAAUGGAGUACUUGUAUUAGAUCCUGCCUCUGGGCCAAAGUGGAAGUUAACCUGUAACAGGUGUGAUGUCAUUAUUCAUCUGUUUGAAGAUGCACAUAAAGUCUCUGUGGAAGAAGACACUUGUGAAGAUUGUACUUCACAGUUAAUCAGUGUAGAAUAUAAGGCUGAAAAAUCUAAACUCAACGACGGGGCUACUGAAGCUGUUGGUUGUAUUUUUUGUGACCCCCAGUUUGGAACACUGGUCGAGCGACAACAGGCAUUACGGCCCAAAAUGUUGCAGGGUUCUCGAAGUCAAGGUGCUUCUAGAGGAAGGGGGAGAGGUCGAGGUCGAGGUAGACCUAAGAGUCGGGGACGGGGUAAACCUAAGGAUAAAAUGGCUAAACUUGCAGCUUAUUUUGUCUAACUAUUUGUUAGAACAUUUUAAAUGGUUAUAUUAAGCCAAGAUCAUCAUUAUUAUUAUUAUUAAACCAUGUAAUAUUUAAUCUUGUUUAGUAAACUGUUUUAAAUAUUUC